CGGGCUGUCCAUUCCCUAGAAUAUUGAAAGGAGAUAGAGAUAAAGAAGAAAGAAGGAAUUGACAGGUAAAGGAGGAAGAGCGAAGAGACGUGGAGGGGACGCAGAAGUGCUGAAUCUCGGGUCUCGGUGAACAUUUCGAAAGAUUCCGCGGCUAGGGUAUAUUUUUUUCAAUUGAUCAUGUCGAGUCGACAAAAGUUAUAGUGUGAUGGAGGUUGUUGACGAACCAAACCAAUAUCGAGACUUGUCGUCAACCGAUAAAUAUGUCCACAUAUUUUCAUUUUUGUUGUCAAUUUAAACGCUGCGUUAAACCCUGCUGCACGACUGCAUAUAAGAAUAUUUCCUGAACCUUGAAAAUCGAACCGCGAACGAACCAUUUACAACCGACGCGCCAGAGUCACUCCAACUUUAGUGCCUUUAGUGGUUAAGUGUGAAAAAAAAGAUUCUACCAAAAUCAUUUUCCUUGUUUUCGAAUUGUUCCCAAAGUUCACGAACUUUGUUUAUCAUAGUUAUUGUUUAUUUUUUGCGUACCGUGUAUGUAGACGCGUAACCACAAGAAAAAAAAUAUUGUUUACACUUGAUAAUAUUUUGCGGAUUAUUCAUGUCGCCUGGUUUAAACAAUACUUCCAACACCCCUGUCGAAACUUUUAGGGGGGUCCACGGUAAUUUGAUCGAUUUGGAUGAAAUUACAGAUAUUAAUCAAUAUCCCAAUAAUACUGGUGUCAUUAAAUUUGUCCUACGGAGCACCAGAAAAUUUCCCUUUGUUUUCCAUUUUUUUCUGGCUGCUCUUGUAGCCAUCAUAUGUACCGUUGCUGAUCCUACUUUACCUGCGGGAAUUUACACCCUCUUUUUGAUUCUUCAGUGUAAAUACUUCAUUUCAUCUAUAAAUAUUGAAAGUCUUCUUGUUGUUGAAUCUGUUGGUAUACAAAUUAUCGGCAAACGAGUAUUUUCCAGCCAAGAAUCCAGCACCUUUCUACCCUGGAAUACGGUUCAAGAUGUUUUCAUCAAUGAAGUCAUAACAGGGCAUCGUGUUCUCUACUAUUUGACGUUUCUAGUGAGAGAAUCGAUAGGGGGGAAAGAAACGACAAAACUUGUGCCGCUGUUCCACGAAAUAAAACCUGAAAGAAAAUGCCUGGAAUACAUGUACCGACGCUUGGCAAGCUUGAUUGGGUCGAGCGAGGAAACGGAACACUCUUAACAAUCCCUGGGGCUUAUUGGCUUUGCCACAAGAAGCACAUAUACAAAUUUACAUUCAAAUGGCACAAAAGCCUCAAGAAUUCCGAACGUGUCACCUACCCAAAAGAGCUGACAAAAGUGAUCAGGCGGAUAAUCAAGUCGCAACCGCGACAAGGUCAGCAAUUUGGCACUCGACAUCUUCUCGUCACGUACAAUCAUUCACCAUGGAUGCGGCAGGACAAAAUGUUUGCCAUGUUGAAAUUUCGAGAAAGGUCCGACUUGACGGCGUUCCCUCACGCGUUUGUCCUCACCGUACAAACAGUGAACGAUUCGUCUCCUGUCCAAGGAGAAGAAGAGGAAAAGAGUAUUGAGAAGAGAAAUUCGGCUACGCCAGUAGAAGAACUUGUUCAGGGUGUCGAUGCAACGAAAGGAGGAGAGAAGAAUAGUGCAACCGAGAAGGAUUCGACUGAUCCCAAAUCCGAUUUGGAUGAAGAAGAGAGAAGAAAAAAUUCGGCCAAAGCUCGGUCACCGACGCAAUUUGACAGCCGUUCGUCGUUACGCGAAGCUGCGAGUGAAAGAAAAAACGAUCUUGACGAAAGACUUAAAACUAAAAAAAGUACUGAAAAUAUCGAAAAUCAUUCUCGAACGAAAAGUCGUAGUCGAAGGAGAAAUGCCGAGAAAAAAAAAGAAAAAGUGCCGCCUGAUUCGCCGGCCGAAAAAGGAAUCGCUGCGGAUUUCGCGGACCUACCUUAUCAGUACAUCAUUGAAAAAGAAAUUGAAAAUUCGAAGGGUACAUCGAUAAAAUGUGGUGUCGAUAGGAGCGAGGCUGAAUCAAAUCCUGGACCCAGCCAUCACGAAAGUGACUUGCCGGGAAAAUCAUUGCCGCGUAGUCCACGAGCUGCGCAAGUGGAGCCUGCUCGAUCCGCGGAUAUAACCGAUCUCGUGAUGGAAGGCCUCAUGUUUACGAUCCGGCAAGAUCAAGACACCGUGACAGUAGUCGAACAAAAAACGAAACUCGAGAUGGACGAAGUAUUGGAAAAUUCGGUCAAAGCUGAAACAAAAGAGGGUGAAAAAUGUUUGUUGAAUUCAAGUUUACUUAGGCUCGAGAAUUUGAUAACGAAGAUUGAGAUGCCAGACUCGAGGUCAAAGAACACCGAAGAUAGCAGCUCGAGGUCACCCUUGGCCAUGACGAGUUCACCAAUCAUUAAUAGACCAUUCGGUUUCAAUUCUCCGGUAAUUGGAUUACCCUCGGAUCAUGGAAUUUCCAGUCCCAAAUACAACACGAAAAUAGAUCAUGUAGAAUCUCCGCUCCGUGGACAACCGCUAGAACGAUUGCCGAGCACUGACAAAAUACCGUUGGUCAAGAUAAACCUGAGUAACGUCAGAGAUGUACUGAGUGAACGAUUGCGCUACGAUGGACCAGAAUCGGAAAUAAUCGAGGCACGUAAACAGAUGGACAUCGAAUUGAAUGCGAGCUAUGAUCGAGAGAAUCAAGAGUCCAAACAUAGCCCACCGGAAGAUGAGCUCGAAGAAGAGGAAGACGAAGUAGGCAUGGAAUUAAAGUACGAAGAAAAAGAUGAUUGGGACUCGGACAAGAACGAGGCGGAUAAAGAUGUCACACCUGCGAUAUUUUCGACGGAAAAAAAUGGGGAUGCUCCAAAAAAUAUUCCAGUAUCGAAAGGUUCCCCUACAUUGGAUUCAGCCUCGACAAUGAUGCCAGAAUAUGAAAGAACAACGCGAUCUACGCCCAGAGUAGUUUCCAACGAAAUAUUAACGUCCGAUCAAAUUCCACCAGCGAUGCAAAAAGCUCUGAAUCACAAACGCUUCAAGCGAAAGAGACUGAGCUUAGAAAGCUACGAUAACGUUGACUCAAAAAACGACAAUGGGUCCGACGAAACUCAAAGUCUAACGAAAGAAACUAUACCAGAAACGGAAACAUUCACGUCUCCGACGUUCCAUCAUGAAUCCCAGGGAGAAAGUAUGAUUGUAGAUGCGCUGGAUUCUCCACCGUCGUCACCUCUUAUCGACAUUACCGAGGAAUUUGAACAAGAAUUCGCGAAUGAAAGGCCACGUAAACUACCAAAUAGAAGAGAAAGUUUACGCACCAGUGCCGGGGCCAAUUCCAAUGAACCGUUGACAGACGAACCGGAGGUUCGUUUGGAUAUGUGGAAAUUCAUGCACGACAUGACACGCGUUGCUAAAGUCGUUGUGCACCGAUUAGACCUUACUAAUGUUCCCAAUAACGUUGCAUCAGGCUCUUCCUUCACGAAAUUUAGUACAAGUGCACAAUAAAUCACAGAUUCUUAAAUGAAAAUUACAUUCUAAUGCUACUAAAUCAUGAAUCGUUUAAACGCAAUUGUAGUUUCUUUCAAUCAAUUUAUUUUCUUAUCAUAAAGAUGACCCAUUUUUAUUUGAAUGCCUACACCAUCAAAUCAAAUCAUUUGUGGUCAAAAUUCAUAUAUUCUGGUGGUUUCACAAAUGUUCGUUGCGUUCCAACGUUUAAAAACUUCAAUAUCGUAAGCCGUGAAAAAAAACAUGUCAAAAAGUCUCACGAAGGAGCGUGAAAGGGUUGAAUUCGCAUAAGACUCAUUCAUGUUAUUUCUUAAUCGCAUCAUUGAAUAUUGUAGCAGGAGCGUGCAAUUAUUUUAUUUGAUUGGCACUGUUCCUCCCUAUUGUAAAUUACAAGGAUAGCAUGAAUGUUUUAUCUGUUAAAUAAAAAAAAAAUGUUACCGAA